AUGACCAUAGAAUCUAAUAAAAUGAAAGAUAUUUUGUUGCUUCAAAUGACUUCAAAGUAUGAAGACCCACGCCUAUGGGUAGACAACUACCUAGCAAACCCAUCAGUUUCUGAAACUGAAGUUAAUCACCUGAGAUCUGUUAUGCAAAGGGAUCAAGCACUCAAGAAGGCAGAUAGCGAGAGAAUCUAUGACUUAGUUGGAUCAUUUCCUUCUAAACUACAACCUGAAAUUCUACUCAGUAAUAUGAACCAAUUGCGUAAUAAAAUUCCAGCAGUUCCUGGUAGUGGCUUUGUUUCAACUCACACGACAAUUAUUCAAUCUAAUGAUAUAAACCCAGUUGAAGAUGAGGAUUACAUGUCACAUUUAGAAUAUGUUCACAAACGCAGAUCAUAUGCAACAUUACAGUUACGUAGAUUUACAUCCAAAUUCUCAAAGUUAUGUCCAAUAUGUUUACAUCAAUUUAAUUCAUUAACAGAAACGUAUCGAUGUAUUAAGUGUAUUCGUAAUGUUUGUCAAAAUUGUGCAUGCAAAAUAUCAUUGUCAAAUUCGAAUAUUUUAUGUAAAGAGUGUUGGGAAAUUGCGAAAUGUAUCUGUAAAACAGGUGAUUGGUUUAAUCAUUAUACUGAAACAAAAGAAACCAGUCCGUUAAAAAUUGAUUUAAGAUUUGAACCACUUCAAAAUAAUCUACGUAAGACAAAAAGUGAAGUGAUUUCAAAACUGAAUAAUUCAUCAAAAAAUAUUGCUAACUCACUUUCUAAACCAAGUGAUGAGAAUGAGAAGAGCUCAUUCAAUCAAAUGUUAAUAGAAGAAACUCAUCCAGUUAAAAAUAAAGAAAAAUCGAGAUCUAAGUCACCACAAACUUUAAAAACUCAAAACUCGUGGGAGUAUUUAAAAUCUGGCUCUCAAAGUACAAUGGAUAAAAAAUUAUCUGGAUUCUUAGAACAAUCAACACUUUCUCGUUCUCAGUCGUGUGAUUAUUUGGGUAAAAUAAAUGACUCGUCUGAAGAUCAUGAAGAGUUCAAAAAGAAAUCUGGAAGACGAAGACGCCUAUUACAACUAAAAAGACUAUUGAAGAAGAGUAAAUCAUUCAAAUCAAAUCACUAUAAAGCUUAUAAUGAAAUGGAUGAAUUAAUUCAUGGUGAAAUUGAUGUAUCAAUGGAAUAUAAUGCUCAAGAUCAACAACUUGGAGUUAGUUUAUGGGCUGCUAAUAAUUUAGCACAUGAAAAAUAUAUAAUCGGCUUACCUCAUGCUACAAUCUCAUUGCUUCCAGAUAAUGUAAAAUAUAAUCUCAAAGUAUCUGGUAACAAUAAAUGGGAUGGAAGAGAUGCAGUUUUUGAUCUUAGUGUUUGUUUUACAGUACAUAGACGUGAUUUAAACAAGAAGAUUAUUGUAAUAAAGUUAUGGUCUAGAAAUGGUAUAAAAUCACAAUUCACCAUUGGCCAAACUGUUAUUCCUAUAGAAGAAUGUAAUCUUUUGUUCUCACCAUGUAGAAAGUGCUUCCAAUUGAUAAGUGAAAAUAAUUCAAUCAUUACAAAUCCUAACAUAAAUACAGCUUACUACGGUGAAAUCAAACUUGCUUUACGUUUUGCAAUAUCUGAUUAUCAGAAAAAAGUGUUGUGUGUAACUGAUGAAGCUAUUGAUUUGAUUGGCGUAUUAAAUGUAUGGAUAAAGGAAGGAAAGAAUUUGCAUUCACAAAAAGCUGGUACAGAUAUAAAUUCUUACGUGACCGUGGAACUAACUGAUCCUGACCACAAAACAGAAUGUCGAAGUACUGAUCAAAUUCUACGAAGUGAUCAACCAGUUUGGAAUAGUUUACUUCAGUUUUCAGACAAACAUCUUAGUGAAUUAAUCGAAUCUACUAUGAAAAUAUUUAUUUGGAAUCGUUCAAGUAGCUUUAGUGAUCCAGAACUAUUGGGGAUCGUACAAAUUGCCAAUAAAGAAGAAUCUGAAUUAAUGGAUACGAUCAAUGAUAACAACGUAAAUGCUAAUGUAUAUCAAGGCAGUACAAUAACGAAAAGUACAUCAUUGUGGGAAUCUGUAAUAUCUAAACCUGGUGACUGGAUAGAAGGUCUGCUUAAUAUUACAGCUCCUAAUAUAAAAUAACGAAUAUAAAACAUUUUAUAGAAAUAUAUGUAUAUGAAUCUUGUAACUACUUAGAAUUUGGUGGUAAUUUUCAAAUGUUAAUUCCUAUAAUUCUUACAAAUUAUUGCAAACUAUUACAUAACAAUACAGUUUACAGAUUUCUUAAAUGUUAUUGAUAUUGAGAAUUUAACUCUGAUUUAAUAGUCAAUUAACAGGUUUGAAACAUUUUCCCAUUUUAACUUUCUUAUAUUAUUUUUAUAACAGCCUAAUUGUAAAGUAUUCUCUUGUAUUGAAAAUUGGUCAAUCUAGAAUAAGUAACUGUUUGAAUAGAUAUUAAUUUGAAUAUUGUAAUUAAAUUAAGUAUUAAAAGUCAAUUAAAUAUAAACAGAUUUCAAGGUAAAAUAAGGUAAAGAGGUUUUUAGUAAAUCCUUUAAGUGAUUACAGCUAAUACAGUUUACGACUUUGGUUCCUUUAGAGCUUCUGAAGGUUUCGUUGAGCUUUUUGAGGGCCAUCUCAAUAGUUUUAAGAAUAUUAAAGAAAUUAAAUACGAUUAUCUCUUAAUAUUUCAGAUAUAUAUUAUUUCCCUUAUUUUGAUUUUCAAUAUUACACUUAAUGUAUAUACUUUCAUUAGGUUAUUUGUUACAAAAACUGAUUCACCCAAGUUGCAAUAGAGUUGUAAUUAUAACCUAUGAAUUUUUAUGAGAAAUGUUACUUACACAAAAGUAAGUGGAAAAUAUGCUUGAACACUUAUCAUCAGGCUGUUUAAUUAUGCAACCAGUAAAUAAUUGGAUAUACUAUAAAAAUUAUAAAAACUAAUCUAAAACCAUAUUAAUUGUAAUAAAUAUCCAGGGAACAUCUAUCUAUGAACUAUAUGACCAUGAAAACCUAUAAAAAAAACUAUUCCAAGGUUGCUUACCGUAUGUAAGUGUGUUUCAUUACUCAACAGAGCAUGUAUAUAACGUUCAAUCUGUAUUAAAUCUGAGAAUGUACUUAAAUAUGUUGGGGGAGGGUAGGUCCUCAGAAGUCACUUGGUAAACGUCUUAGUUUUGUAAUUCUAUUUUGGAAAUUUGAAUCUUUUUGUUUUCGUGCCAAAAGCGCCCAUUUUUACACUCAGACUAUAUUCCCCACUUGAAAGGACUCUAAAUGUCACCGGUUCGUUUCCUCUUUUAAUGUGCUAUUUCGUGACGUUUCCCAAGGGCAGUUUUAUGCUGUAUAUAUACGCUUCAGUUGUGUGCUUGUUGUAGUGCAUAUUUAUGGAUGCUUGUGAAAUAGAAUUUCCUUGUUCUG